AUGCCUACCCCCGUUCUCCGCUCCUUCCCCCCUUCUCCGCUCCUCUCCGCAUCUUUCCACUCCUCUCCGCAUCCUCUUCGCCCCUCUCCACUCCUCUCUGCACGGCGCGGUCGCAGCGAUGUGAGUUACAACGGCGACGUGGAGGUGCUGCCGCAGUCGUUCACCAAGCUCAAGAAGCUCAUCCACCUCAAUGUGUACGACUGCUGGAUCAAGGGGCGCAUUCCGUCCUUCCUCGGCCAGCUCACGGCCCUCACAUACCUGAGCGUUGGUGGUAACCCGCUAGAGGGUGCUGUCCCAGCCAGCCUCGGCAACCUUGUCAACCUCGUCUUUCUCAACCUGGCCGGAACAGGGGAGGACGGCAUAGGAGGGGCCUUGCCGUCGAGCUUUGCCAAUCUGAAGAAGCUCAAAGAGCUCUAUCUGCGCAACAACCGCUUCAGCGGGCCUCUGCCGGAGUACAUUGGCUCUUUCACCAACUUGGAGCGCCUCACCGUGAGCAAGAACUACUGGGAGGGUUCCAUUCCCAAGACCCUGUCGCAGCUCAAGAAGCUCAAGUACCUCGGUCUGAUGGAGACCGCUUUUGAGGGCGAGAUCCCAACGUUCCUGGGCACACUUAGUCAGCUCACAUACCUCUCUCUGUCUGACACGCGGCUGUACGGGCAGGUGCCCAAGGCGCUCAGCGGACUGGCGAAGCUCAAAGAGCUGUACCUCAACAACGGGUGGUACUAUGGCCCCCUGCCUGAUCUGAGCGGCCUCAAGCAGCUCACCCUCAUCGACCUUUCUGGCAACUAUUUCUCGGGUCCCAUCCCGGCCUUCCUGCAGCGGGUCAAGAAAGUCAACGCGGCGGACAACUACUUCUCCGGCUCAGCCUCCUCCCUUCCCUGCUCCGACGACUUCUCCGUCACGGGCAACUGCCUCUCCUCCGUCCCCUCCAAGUGCGGGGGCACCGCGGGCCAGAAGACCACAGAGGAGUGCAACAAGUUCUGUGGGACGGCCACGGCCACGGGGGCGUGUAGCGGCAAGGGCAUGUGCGUGUUGGAUGUGGCUCAGCUGCUCAAAACACAGGCGUAUGUGCCCAUGUGCAAGUGCCAGUCGGGGUACUGGGCUUCGCACCAGAAGCUGCGAUGCUCCAAGAACAACACUUGA